AAAGGCGUGCGCCAUCACUGCCCGGCCCAGCCUGAAUCUUAAGGGGAUUCCAAACCCCCUUUCUUUGCGGCCUGUAGAAGCUAGACUACUAGACAGAUCUCAGAAGGGGCAACGGCCUGAAGAGACCUAGAGCUGUGGGGACUUGAGUGGGGAAGACCCUUUGCUUUGGGAACUUGAGUGGAGAGGGCCGACUCACUCUUCAGGCUGAGUGCGGGCCACACCUGAGUCUGGGGAGGCCCGGUGAGCAGACAGCCGGACUUUAGGAAGGCUUGGUGAGCUGGAAGUCUAGAGGGGGCAGACGGCACUAGAGUGAACUGCUUUGCCCUUGAGGCCUAAAUGAGAAGCCAGCAGCAGCGGGCUAACAGAGCCGCUCCCCGGACCCCGCUUCCUGCAGCCUGGACGUCUAAGGCUCUCCUGCCCCGCCCCCAGGCCUUUGACCCCUUCCUAGUCCCUCCCCUGUCCUCUAGAGACACCUUUGACCGGUGAUGUCAUUGGGUCUGUCCCAGCGCAGACCCAGCCCGAGGCUGCCAUGUUCUCCCUCCCUUCCCUCUCCUCCUGGCUCCCCAGCCUCCCUUCCUUUGACUGGGGUUCCAGCCUCUUCGACAGCCUCCUGCAAGGCCUGAUCGCGGCCCUUGGAGUCUCGGUUCUCAACAGUCUCCUGAAAGUUUACUUCUUCGUGGCCUGUGUCAAUGACCCCCAGCGGCAGACCCAUAAGCAGCGGCUGCGAGCCCAAUGGGCCUCACUGGAGACAGUGCACCUGGCUGGUCUGACCCUGUUCCUGACGGUGGUAGGGGCCCGAGUAGCCGCCCUGGUGGUACUGGAGUUCUCCCUCCGGGCCGUGUCCACAGUGUUGUCCCUGGGCAAGGGCUCGGGGGAGAAGGAGCGACUCCAGCUCUUCCUGGUCUGUCAGUUCUCACUGGGCUGCGGGCUGACCUGCGGCCUGAGCUUCCUACAGGAAGGCGCCCCACAUCGCACCCUGAACCUGCUGCUGAGCCUGGGGCUGGCCGCGCUGUUUGGCGUGGGUGCCCGGCGCUUCCGCCGACAUGUCUGCAGCCUCUAUGAGUUGCACAGCGGUCAGCGUUACUGUGGGGUCUGCCUGGGUCUGCUGGCUGGCCAGCAUGGCCUGCCCAGGCUCCUGGGCCGCACGCUGGCAGUGGCCUUUGCUGUGAGUGACCUGGCAGCGGUGGCCCUCAUCAACCAGGACUUCCUGAGCACAUCAGAGGCCAUGCGCUUCUGGACGCCACUCACCAUCUGCUACACGCUGCUGGUCAUCUACAUGCAGGAGGAGCAGCGGCAGCAUCGCUUCAGCCUGCAGGGCCAGGUCCAGACGGUGCUGGUGCGCAUGGGUGGCCUCUUCAUUUUGUUGAUGACUGUGGGCCGGUGGCUGGACCUCCUUGGUGUUCUUGUUUCGCUUUUGGGUGAGCUCUGGUGCCUUGCAGGUGUUCGCACCCUAAUCGACCUCUGCCAGAUACAGGGCUUUCCAUCCCAGAGGCCUACAGUAACAGCAGCAGUAACACCAGGAAGGGUAUCAACAGUGUCAGAUCCAUGCGAGCCCCGGCCUUCCACACCUGCCCUGUCCAGAAGCGAGGCCCCCUCCUGACCUGCCCUAUGGAGGACUCAAAGUCAGUCUCAGGCCUACACAGGCUGACCAGCAAGGCCUUGACCACAAGAUGUGGCCUGGAGACUGGGUGGCAGAGCUGGUCCCCACCUAGACCAGCUCUGGGCAGGCCAUGGGGGCCCCUGGAGAAAGGGGACAGCUAGAGCUGGGGACCUGGGAAGGUGGGGACGUGAAGGCCCCUGAGUAAAUCCCUCUGUCUUGAAGAUGGGCCAUGGAUACAGCUUCCUCAGACCCGCCUUUCCUGGUCAGGCAGGAGGACAGACAACGACUGUGACCUCAGAAUGGCCCCCUGCCCAUUGCCACCCCUCCCCCUCCUUGCUCUUUCCACAAACAAUAAAGUUGACUUUUCUCAA